UUGUUUACCACGCACGUGUUGUGCACUUUAUUAUUUUUUUUUGUGCACCUUAAUUUAAAUCUAAAAGAAUGGACAGCGACGGUGAUGAUUAUGAGCUGACCGGAUCGGAGCAGGAAUACGAUGAGGAGGAGCGCGAGAUCCUAGAGGAUCUGCGCAAGCAGCGAAAGAACCGGCAAGAGCAGGAUCCCCGCCAGGAGGUACUGGCUUUCACUGACGACGACGACGACGACGAUGAUGAGGAUGGGGAAAACGAGGAUGUGACGGCACUGAUGCGCGACAGCGACAUCGAGGGGGCCGAGGAUGAGGAUGGAGAUCUGCCCAAUACCAUGGACUGGGGCAGCAAGCGGAGCACUUACUACAACACGGACUUUGUGGACCAGGACUACAGUAGCUACAAUGCCCAGGAGGAGGAGCAGGCCCGUGCCGAGGAGGAGGAGGCCAAGAAGAUACAGCUGCGACUGGCCAAGCGUCUCAGUGAGGCUGAUUUCCAGUUGGACGACGUCCAACCCCUGGACGAUGACGAUUCCGAUGAGGAGGAGAAAUCCAGAAAGCAAGAGGGCAAGACUGGCAUUAAGAUCACAAGCGAUCUAACCGGUCUCUCUGCCCGCGAGCGUCUCCAGCUGCUGCAGAAGGACUCACCUGAGUUUAUUGGCCUCACGCAGGACUUUCAGCGUCAUUUGACGGACGUCCGGGAGCUGAUAACGCCUGUUCUCAACUAUGUUCGUAAUCACGGUGUGCCCCUGGUACCGGCUCUGCAAUUUGCCAGCACCUAUCACACCGUCCUGACCACCUACUGCUCCAACGUGGCCUUCUAUCUGCUGUUAAAGGCACGCCGGAGCAGUGUCAAGCAUCAUCCGGUGGUCAAGCGUUUGGUUCAGCUGAAGCAACUGCGAGAGCAACUCACGCCACGCUUCGAGGAGUACAUAAGGCCACAGCUGGAGGCACUGCUAGAGAGGAUUCAGGACGGUGAUGCAUUCACUGUCCUGGAUGUGGCCCAGCGCAAAGCCAAGCUGCAGAUACUGAAUAAGUACAGCAAUGGCGAGGUGGCGGCAGCUGAGCUCAGCGAUGAGGAGGAAGCGGCAGCAGCGAAGGAUCAGAAUGGAAACGAGUUGGAGGAGGACGAAGAUGAAGUCGAAGACGAGGAAGAUGAAACUUCCGAGGCGAAUCGACGCGGCAUAACCUACCAAAUGGCCAAGAACAAGGGCCUAACACCGCAUCGCAAGAAGGAGCUGCGUAAUCCUCGUGUGAAGCAUCGCGGCAAAUAUCGCAAGGCUCUCAUCCGGCGCAAGGGUGCCGUCCGCACGGUUCGCAAGGAGACCAAACGCUAUGACGGCGAAAUGUCUGGCAUUAAGGCCACCGUCAGCAAGAGCGUCAAGUUUCGCACGUAGUUAAAAUCAAGUUGAAAAGAUAUUAUAUAAAGUAACAAUAAUUCCCCAAAUUGAAAACAA